AUGAUUCGCGGCGGAAGAAACACCAUUACUUCCGUCCCUGCUUUCUCCAACGACGCAAAGAAGCUUCUUUUAUGCACUGCAAACUCCGUCUCCGUUUACAGCGUCGACACUGGCUUACGGAUUACUUCGCUCGAGGGUCAUACAGCACCUGUGACGACUGUGAUUGUUGUUCCAUUGCCGACAAAUACCAUCUUUCUCUGUUGGACGACGUCGCUUGAUGGGAAAAUUCGGCUUUGGGAUUUCUCAGAGCCGAAGAUUUUGAAGACCGUUGAUGCUCAGCUUCCGGUUUACUCUUUGGUGAUUCCAUCUCAUGUGUCUGAUGAUUUGAUUGCUUAUGCUUCGGUUGAGGAUUGUUCAAAUGUGUCCAAAGAUUUGUUUGGACAAAUCCGGAGAUUGAAUCUCUGUGAAGAGCCAUUUUGUAGUGGUGAUACUUUGAAAGAGAUGGAAGAACCGAAACCUAUUGUUAUAAGUCCCUCUGGAGAGUUUUUCGGUGUUUGUCACAAUUGUAAAAUACAUAUAUGGAAUGCAUCUUGUGAGGAAAUGGCAAAGGAGACGACGACAUUACAUCACACGCAGUUGAUUACUGUUUUCGCCUUUCAUCCCGAUAAGAGGAUGUUAGCAGCCGGCGAUGUAACAGGAAGAGUGUUGAUUUGGAAGGAAUUUGGUAAUGGAGAAGUUAUUUCAGUGAAAAGUGAACAUGAUGCUGAAUCUUGCACUGUUUUCAACUGGCAUUCCCAUGAAGUAACCGUCCUUAAUUUCUCUUCAGAUGGAACAGUUUUGUAUUCAGGGGGAAAGGAUGGGGUUCUUGUUGCUUGGCAGCUAGAUACAGGGAACACGCAACUUAUGCCAAAGAUAGAAUCUCCCUUGUUGUAUUUCAUCCUCUCUUCAGAUCCAACUCUUUCUUCUAUCAAGAAGUUUCAGGUGAUUUGUGCAGAUAAUCAGAUUCAUUUUCUUAAAAUGCCUUCCAUGGAGAUAUUGAGAACGAUUUCUGGUAUCAAGCCUCCAGCAAGGCCUAAGGGGUUAUUAUGCUACAUCAAAACGAUGGAUAUAUGCCUUAUCAGAACUGUGUCCAUUGAUCGUUCUUCCGGUAUAGCUGCUUUCUCCACAUCGAAUCAUCGUGUUCAGCUCUACAACCUUUUAAGUGACUGUGAAAUUUCUGAGGUUCAAGUUUGCGAGAGAAAUCAUCAACCAGAUGAUGAUGAAGUCCAGGUUUUUAUAUCAGCGGUUGCUCUCGCCCGGAAUGGCUCAGUGAUGACGACAGCUGAGGUUAGACUUGCUGCAGGGAGUUUGAGUGAAGGCUUAGUUUCUCUCAAGUUUUGGGUGUUUGUACCAGACAAAAAAACUUUCAGCUUAUCGACAGUCAUAAAUCAACCUCACAGGGAAGCUGCUAUCACAGCCAUUACCCUUAGCCCCGUCCGUUUCAUGGCGGUUACUACAUCUUCUGCUGGGGACUUCAAGAUUUGGGUUUGCAAUAGUGACAAGAAUCUGACACCUGAGGAUAAGUGGAUAUUUCAUGGAGUUGGCUCUUAUAAGAAAAAGCCAAUAACAGCUGCUGCGUUUUCCGGGGAUGGUUCUUGUCUGGCUAUUGCGGCUACAACAGUUAUUUUGAUCUGGGACCCGAAAAAGAACGAACUCAUGUUUGUAUUUGAAAAGUUUCAUGCGCCAAUUAUGGAACUCUCAUUCGCUGGAGGCUUCAUUGUUGCUGCAUCCCAUGGUCCCCCUUCCACACCGCAGUUAUCUGUCUGGGAUGUGAUGACGCUCGGUUUAUCAUGGUCGUAUAGAUUAUACAUGGAAGCCAUUGCCACUGAAGCGAGUUCAUCAGAUCCAUACUUUGCAGUUUUAACAUGGCUUCCAGAGUCUUAUAGGUCGGUAAAAUCUAAUGAGCAGAUCUUUCGCGGGAAAGAUGGUGCUAUCCUUUUGUUUGAUGGGUCAGGCCCUAAACCAGUAGCUAUUUGGACUGUAAUGAAUGCCAGGGGAGGAUCACUUUCAUUUGUGGAAGACAGUAAAAAGUCUCAGAUACUUCUCGCGUAUGUAAAUGGGAACCAUGAAUAUGUUCUUUUCGAUCCUCAUAGCGAUGAUACAACCGAGACUAGCGCCAAAGAUUACGAGGUUCUUCUUGCAGCAAUAACCAAGAAGAAGAAGCGAUCACGGAAGAAAACAUUGUUGGCGAUGUCAGAGAGACCUUUGGAAAAGAGGUUUUGUGGAUCAACACUCAAUAUCCCGCCUUUCCCCGAUGUGUGCGGUUCUUUCUUUGCUUCCCAUAUGCGGAAAAGGAUAUGCGAAAGAGUAGAGAUGCAACCUGAAAGCCAUAGCGCUUGA